ACUGCCAAAUUACUUGCAUGGGGGAGAGUACAGCCAAAAUUUGUCAGUAACGGUUCUCACCAUUUACCACUUACCGCUUUUCGCAACUUUUCGUUGCAUUCUAUUGGCUGGCUAUCGGCUCCUUCCUCGUGAUAUUCGACCUCGCGCAACAUAAAUAGACGAAAAGAAAGAAGAAACCAUCUAUAGCCCCAAUUGCUUCCACACCAUUUUGCUAUUUCAACCUCCCCCACCUCUUUGCAAGAGAAAAAAAAUAUAGGACUAUGCCGAACUCCAUUCCGAAAGACGAAUUUGCGGCCUUGUCGGGUCACCUUUCUGGUGUCCCUUCCGACCCCGAGGUAGACUCAGAGGCCACCAUCAGUGAUAUUAAGGGUCUUAUCGAUUCCAUGCUCGAUGACAAAGAUGAGGCCACUUCGAACAUAAAAGCUGAUGCUGAUGAGAAGGAUCUCGUGGCUGUGCCGAUUACUACAUCUGAAGAUAUCAAGAUUGGUGGAGAAAAAGAAUUUGCAUCACCGCCAUUAGCAGCAGUGCCAUUAAACAUGGUGGACUUCGGAGAGAAGGAAGUGCCUUUGCCAAAGUGGUUGGUAGAUCAUCCAUCAUAUAAAGAAGGGUGGAAAUCAGUUGUUCGAGUGCGACAGAGCGGAAGCUCGAGAGGAAACAAAGACCGGGUUUGUGGCUCUUCUGGAAUUUCUAUCUCUUGCAUUUCAUAUCUUUUUAUUUAGUUUAUACAAAAACUAGACAUUUUCUUUGCACAUUCUAGAGUUUCUCCAA